AUGAUCUCUGUGCGACUACCAUACUCAAAAGCUCGUCCCCUAGUAGUUCCCCUCAGAGCUCCGCACAGCCUUCACCGCCGCCUCCUCGCGCGUGAUGCAGCCAACGCUAACGUCAACGCUGAUGCAUCGUCCAGCCGCCCAGACCAUCGUGCGAGUGCGAAGCUAUUCGAGGACGCCGCGCGAGAGGAGGCGGCAGAGCGCGCUGCCCCUGCGCGUCCUGCCGCCCUAGAGCGCGAAAACGAGAACUGGACGGGCGACGAGGCGCUGGAGCACGCGGUACUCCGCAUGCUCGUCGAUAAGUACAAACCUCUGCGCGGCGGGCAGAUACGCUCGGCGGACGAGAAGCUCAGGCAGGCGCCGCCGCGGGUGCAUAUCCCCGACACAGGUUCGGUGAGUGCUGAAGAUGGUGUUAACACUAGUGGAGACGCGGUUGGUGAGGGGGGGACGAAGAUCGAGGCACAGGCAGCAGACGUGGUCCGUGUCAGGUCUGCGAACGAGCCGCUGCUGCCGUCGAUUGAGGGACACAAGCCUUGGCACACGACCUUCAAGGCCCCCUCACAUGCAACUUCGAGUGUUCGCUAUGGACGUAUCCCCUCACCGCCAAGGAGCCCCGUCAUCUCACAGUCGCUGGACGAGCGGGCAAGGAAGAAGGAGAAGGAAGCCAGGAAGCGGACGGAGAAGGCUGGCAGGCUGUCGAGAGCCCGGGAAUCCACCCUAGACUAUCGUCUCGGAAUUAAGAGAGGCGGGGCAACUGACUAUCGACGACCAAACCCGGUCAGCAUGAAAGGCUGGGCGAGUUUGGUAGAAGACAGAAUAGAGAAAGCCCGCAUGGAAGGCUUGUUCAAGACUGUCAAAGGUCGAGGACAACCUCUUGCGUCCACCACUCAAGAGAGGAAUCCGUUUAUCGCUCGAGAGGAAUUCCUCAUGAACAGAAUUGUCCAACGCAACGGUGCUGCUCCUCCGUGGGUGGAAAUACAGGGGGAGCUGGAAGCUGCGAUCGCCUCCUUCCGCGAAGUGGUCAAGCAGUCCUGGAUCCGCCGUGCUAUCCGAAUGCUCACCUCUUCCCAGCCCCUAGCCCUGCUUCCUACCUUGACACUCACCGAUGUUACUUCGCUGCGCGAUGCAGAAUGGGAGGCGCGUGAGAAGUCGUACCACGACACGGCGCUCGAGGAGGUGAACUCGCUUGUCAGAAAAUACAACGGCCUGGCACCCUACGCCGUGCGCAGACCAUAUUACAUGCGCACGGCCGAGCUCGAGCGCGUGUACCGCGAUUCUGGGGAGGACAUCUUGCGCGGUCUUGCUGAGAGGAUGCAGGCCAGCAGCGUUAGCCCUCAACCCCGGGGCGUUACUGACGCCGAGGAGGAGGGCACUGCCUCCGGGGCAGCUGUCGCAGACACCUGGGCGAGGUUGCGUAUCCGCGAUCUACUCCGCGAUUGGUGGGGUGCCCUACGAGGUCGAUGA